AUGAGCAACCGAAAAUCGACAGUAACCGCUGCUAGUGAACUAGCAGUGAUAACCCCCACCAAUGGUACGAUUGUGCUACCAAAACCUGAGCGUCGAGUACCUCAAAAUUUCCUUUUGAUCUGGCUUGAUGCUAAUUUAAACAAAUCCGAUGAAGAUUUGAAGAGAUCAUUACAAAAAAUACAGUAUUUAGGAGCAUCAAUCACAACGUUUACGGAUGCUGAUGAAUGCAUUGAUUUUCUCAGUGCAAAUAAAAAAGAAAAAGUAUUUAUGAUCGUAUCUGGUUCACUGGGACAGCAUGUAAUACCGAAAAUUCACGCAUGGCCACAAUUGGAUUCGGUUUAUGUUUUCUGUAGUAAUCAAUCAAUUCAUGAAGAAUGGGCCAGAGCAAUAUCUAAAGUUAAAGGUGUGCACACAACAAUAGAAUCAAUUUGUGAAGCAUUACAAAUCAAUCGUAAAAAUUGUGAUCGAGCUAUGAUCUCGAUUAGUUAUAAUGGUAUUGAUAUGUUGUUUACGUAUACGCAAUUAUUAAAAGAAGCACUUUUGAAAAUUGAAGACGAUGAUACAAAAUCUAUUAAAGAAUUUGUUGACUACUGUCGUCUUCAAGAUGAUAUUACUGAAGAUGAAAUUAAUAAGGUCGAGCUCGAAUAUCACCACCAUACACCCAUUUGGUGGUAUACAGCUCCGUAUUUUAUGCACUCAAUGCUUAAUCGUGGUUUUCAGCUAAUGGAUGUUGAUAUCAUAGUCAAAAUGAACUUUUUUAUUCGAGAUUUACAUCAACAUAGGUAG